AUGACACUACAGAGCUUCGUUUACCGCAAGCUGCACACGAUGGAGGACUCAACAAACUCCGACCUCCAGGAUCUCGAGCUGUACUUCGGGUCCAAGAUGGAAGUCAACUUCCAGGCGCUCAAGCAGCAAUACCUGUCGGGUCAAGCACCAAUGACACCGUGGGCUAGUAGCUACUGGCCAACCUACCAAGACAGUAUCAACCACGUCUGGAAGACUGGCGAGGCCAGCGCUUCCGAGAAAUACGCCAAGGCACCUGUGUGCACAACCAGCUCGGACUGUACGAGCCGUAAGGAUGGCAGCGUGUGUGCCAAGCGGGACGGUAUGUCCUCAGGCUACUGUAUCCCAGCGUGGCUCGGUAUCUGCCACGCGUGGGCUCCCGCGGCUAUCCUUGAGCCAGAACCUCAGUGCGACGUGACCAAGAACGGCGUCACGUUUCACGUCAUGGACAUCAAGGGCCUUCUCACUUCUCUAUACGAUGGAGCCUCCAUCAAGACGGUGUUUACUGGUGCUCGCUUUAACGGCUCAGACUCACCGGCGAACAAAGAUCAGUACGGAAGAUUUACCGACGCUUCCCGUCGUGACUUGGGCGCUGGUUUCUUCCACAUCGCUAUCACCAACAUCAUGGCGAAACACAAUCAACCUUUCGUCGUGGAUGUGACUUCAGGUGCGGAGGUAUGGAACCAGCCCGUGCGCUCAUUUAAGGUCCAAAAUAUGGACCUGGUGGACACCCACGUGGCCUCGAUGCGCUACUUUGGCGUGCCCAGCUAUCCGUUCAGCGACAAGAUGGUGCAUUUAGCGUACGUGAAGACCUCGUUCAGCUGGGUCGUCGAGUCAUAUAAAGACGGCCCGCUCCUGGAUGCCGACUACAACAUCAUCGGAGGCGAAUGGUUUAAUGAGGACCACCCCGAUUUUUUCUAUGCCAACGUCCAAGAACUGCUCAAAAUGUCGCUAUCGUGCAAUGUGUAG